AAGAUAUAUGUUGGUGCUGCGCUGCUUCUAACAUAACAGAGCCACGGUAUUUAAGGAAAAAAGUUGGUGGGAGGAAAGGUAGCUUACGGAUACCUUUCAUGGGUGUACCCAGGCUCUUCUGAAAAGGCUAGCAUGUCAGGAAACUCCGGAUGCCCCUUCUACCUCUGGGGACUUCUUGCCUUCUUGGGUUUGGCUCUGGUUAUAUCAUUGAUCUUCAAUGUUUCCCACUAUGUAGAGAAGCAGCGACGAGAUAAAAUGUAUAGAUACUCUGAUGACUACAUUCCAAGAGUUCAUGAAUAUUAUGUUGAAGAUACUCCAAUUUAUGGUAACUUAGAAAAUAUAAUCCCAGAACCACUGGAUGAGGACUGUUAUGAACAAAUGAAGGCUCGACCUCAGAGAUCGGCGAGUGAUGCGCAGGAAGCGGCUGCACCUGCGCAGGUACCUGCUGAAGCUCAGUUGUGCUAUGCCUCACUGGAUCACAGCGUGAAGGGGAAACGCAGAAGGCCCAGGAAACAGAAUACUAAUUUGUCAGACAGAGAAAAGGAUGCACAAGUCUGUACAGUGGAUGCCAACGUUUCUCAGAUCAAUAUGGUAGAAAGUUUCCCAUCAGAUAACCAAGUAGUAGAGGAAAGUAUUCAUGAUGAUCCUGCUAGACUGUUUGGGUUGAUCCGUGCCAAGAGAGAGCCUGUAAUCUAACCGGACCAUGAUCCAUCUCAAUGAUAGCACCCUAUGAAAGAUGGUUAAAAUCCCUGAUGUGACACAUAGGAACUGGCAGGGUGACUGUCUGCUCAUUUGUUGAUGGGAUGGUACCUUCCUUCUUUUAAUGGAUUGCAUUCCUACACACUAAAUCUAAUAAAAUUAGCUAUAUGAAUUCAGUUAAAGAAUAUCCAAAUAGGAAAAGUAAAAUAAUAAAAUCCAGUUUGCAACUUAAAUUACUUGAUACUAAAAUCAAAAUGAACAGUAAUAUCUAAUAAGAACAAAUUUUAAAAAUUCAAAGUACAUAUGUGCUAUAGGAUAUCUUGAAUUAAAGAGAAAGGCCAGUGGCUUAAAAAAAUUAAUCAAUAAAAAAUGUCUUCUUUCAACAAUGUCAAUAAAUAAUUAGAAGAAAUUUCUUAUUGAAAGUACACUGCCAAGAAAAGUAGAAUAAUCUUGAGGAGUUUUUUUCCAAAAUGUAAAUAGCAUUGUUAGUUUUAAAAUUGUUAGAAAAAUAAAUCCAUGCUGUUUGUAACAAUUAAGAGAAUAAGAACUUAGAAAAUUCUACUAGUCGGAGAUAAUCAAUAUGAAUAACUUUCUCUUGUGUUAUUUAUAUUUUACUGAACAUAACCAUCUAUAUGUAUCAGCUUUUCCUUUUUUCUGUUUUAACUUAAAAGUAGAGAAUUAUGCAUAUUAUUUAAAUUUCCUUUGUGUAUCAAGAGGCUAUGGCUUUAUUUCUACUAUAUUUAACUAUAUUAAAAUGUAUUCAACUUUGUAUUUGAUGGUGCUGGGAAGCAAACACAGAGUUUUUCAGAAGAAAGACAAGUACUCCACAUUGAGUUUCAUUCCAAGUCUGUCCCAUAAUUCUAAUGUCCGCAUUAUAUCUCAUUUAUGAUUAAAUCAUACUUCAUUUAAAGAAGUUUGAGGACUACUUAAAUUAAUUCAAGCUUCUCUUUUAUGUGUUCACAAAUAAUAUUUUAAUGAGAAUGUUCCAAGACAUGUCUGGAUACUUAUCUAGUUUCUUCUUUGUGUUAAGGGCUUAAUAGGGAAUUAAAUAUUUAAAGAUACGGGUUUGUAUUGUUAAUUUCCAUAGGUCAGAUCUCUGAAAGGUCAAUUGGACCAGAAGUAUGCAUAUACUUUAGCUUCUGAAGCAUUGUCUCACAGUGUCUCCCAGAAAGUAAACUUAAUGAGCUUCAGCACAGCAUAGAGAUGCAUAGCUGUAACGCAGCAUGCAGGAGGCUGAGGUAGGGCGCAUGGUUAACUCCAGGCCAGCCUGGACUAAUAAGUGAAUUCCUGAUUGGCUCGGGCUAAGAGUGAAACUGUGAUUCAAAACAAAGAAUCGGAAACAAAACCACUUCUAUUAUCCUCCAUUGAGAAAGGAUGCUUGAUGGCAGUCUAUAAUAAGCAUCUCUAACCUGCCAUGAUCUGUAUUUAAGAUGAUACUCUGACAUAGAAGCUCUCACACAGAACUUGCAUUUCUUCUUUUCUGGCUGUGUGCUCUAGAAUUCAUAUAAAUCACAUUUUUUAUAAUGGUUUUUAAGGUUUUUGUAGUUCCCCCUUCUCUUUCUUUAUCCCCAAACCUCUCCAUGCAUCCCCUCUUGCUUUCUGUCAGUGACCUCUUUCUCUUUAAUUGUUACAAAUACGUGUGUGUGUAAUGGAAGAGCUUUACAUGGAGAAGACUACUUCUCUAUCUUUCAGCAUUCCCCAGUUGCUCAUAUUGUCUAGAGCUGAGACCCUGCAAGAUUUCCCCUCCAUGAUGGCAUGUCCUCUGGCAGCACCAUCGCUCAGACCAGUCAGACAUGUUGAUGAGACUCACUGCUUUUAUUUAUAUUACCAAUUGAUUUUGAAUGUGUUAAAAUAAUAAAAAGUAACUUUCAUAAUUUUCCAUGUAAUAAGAUUGCCUAGACAUUCUCAUGUUCUUUGCAUCCAUGCCGAGUUCUGUCCAGUACCCCACAUGUCAGCUUAAAGGACUUCUUUAACUAUUUUUACCAGUCAGGUCAGUGAGUGAUAAAACUCCCCGAGCAUGCUGCUGUACAUCUGUAAAGGCCAUUGUAUUAGUUUUUGGAGAUAUUGUCACUAGGUAAAAAAUUUCUAAGGUUGAGCUGACUAUGCUUCUUUGAACAAUCUGUACUGUUCCAUUUUGGGACACAGAGAUGUCAUCCAAAAACUUGCUGAUACCCUUGGUCUUAACCGUUGUGACUUACUGAAUCAAAGCUGCUGGAUUUGAAAAGAGUUGAUAUUCAUUUCCGUCAAAGAUUAAGUCAUCCUUCUAGAACUGAGAAGCAGAACGAGCAACCAACACCUGUCCCUAUUUGCAUAUUGUGGCUGUAUUUUCACCCAAUGAAUUAUGAAUUUUAAUCAGAGAGACUCAGUUUUCUCAAUAAAAGCAUCGAUGAGGAAACGUGCAUUCACAGACCCAUUGGAACCACCUUGAUCAUGUUGUGAAUACGUCUACACAUCUGGACAGUAGUGGGCUCCUUUCUGUCUUAUCACCAUUUAUCAACCUAGAGCCUCUGCUUUUUCUUUUCAAGGAACUCAGCUCUACACUAAUGUGUUUAGCGUCUCUACAGAGGACUUCUCAGGGUCCCUUCAUAAUACAUGUAUGCUCCCUCAGAGUAAUGUCUGACAUUUUCUGGAAUAUCAACAGACUUACUAUUAAUAAUGGUCUUCAUUCUUGCAGUGGGUAUAGCCAAAAACAGGCUUUCUUCUUCUUUGAAAGAUGAUAUUUUUUAUUGGAUAAAAGAUACUGUGAAUUAUACUUUAUUUUAUAAUAGUUUACAACUUAUUUGAACAUUUCUUAUAAAGUGUCAAGUUAUUUGGACAUAA